GCGCUGUGUCUCUGUAGUUCGGCUCCCGAGCUCGAAAGGGGGGGAAGUCAGUCUGGACGGUUCGACUGAGAUUGGGGUAGACGCGGGAAGGAGAUUGCUUGGGAAGGAUCCAGUGAGAUUUUGGAAAAACUUCUCACUAUUUAGAAAGCACAGUGCAGAUGCUUUGUGUAGGCGCUGCUUCCUUAGGGCACGUUUGGACGAUCUGGCUGACUCAUCUCAGCGUCUACAUGAAUGAUUGUUAACUGCUCUGCCUCGGAGCACACGGAUCUUCGCAUUGGAGCCUUUGGUUUAACUUUGAACCGCUAUUAAAUUGCGUGAGCCUGUCUAGUCUUUGUCUGAAAAGUGGGCUUCGGGAGUGGUUUCAGUUUUAAGUUUGCAGAGUGUUCUGGGGGACAGAGUCUCAGGGAUUCCUCCAGUCUGUCAGACCGAGAGGCAGAAGCUUUCCAGAUGUCUUCCGAUAAUAUCCAAGUUUUUAUCCCAAUGUCAGAAAACACCAAUGGCCUACCUGGGACGAUGACCUCCAAUGACUUAAAGCCAUGUACUGAAGGAGCUGUGUUAAGUUUUCAUAACAUCUGCUACAGAGUAAAAGUGAAGAGUGGCUUUAUACUCUGUCGAAAAACAGCUGAGAAAGAAAUACUGAAGGAUAUCAAUGGGAUCAUGAGGCCUGGCCUCAAUGCCAUCCUGGGACCCACAGGUGGAGGCAAAUCUUCGUUGUUAGAUGUCUUAGCAGAAAGGAAAGACCCACACGGAUUGUCUGGAGAUGUUUUGAUAAAUGGAGCACCUCGACCUGCCAAUUUCAAAUGUAAUUCAGGUUAUGUGGUACAGGAUGAUGUCGUGAUGGGAACCCUGACGGUGAGAGAGAACUUACAGUUCUCAGCAGCUCUUCGGCUUCCAACAACUAUGAAGAAUCAUGAGAAAAAUGAACGGGUUAACAUGAUCAUUCAAGAGUUAGGCCUGGAAAAAGUGGCAGAUUCCAAGGUUGGAACACAGUUCAUCCGUGGUGUGUCUGGAGGAGAAAGAAAAAGGACUAGUAUUGGAAUGGAGCUUAUUACUGACCCAUCCAUCUUGUUCUUGGAUGAGCCCACAACUGGCUUAGAUGCGAGCACAGCAAAUGCUGUCCUUUUGCUCCUGAAGAGGAUGUCUAAACGGGGACGGACUAUCAUCUUCUCCAUUCAUCAGCCUCGAUACUCCAUCUUCAAGUUGUUUGAUAGUCUCACCUUAUUGGCCUCGGGAAGACUGAUAUUCCAUGGACCUGCUCAAGAGGCUUUGGGCUACUUCGCAUCAGCUGGUUACAACUGUGAGCCUUAUAAUAACCCUGCAGACUUCUUCCUGGACAUCAUUAACGGAGACUCCUCUGCUGUGGUAUUAAACAGAGAGGAAGAAGACCGUAAAGCCAGGGGAGCUAAAGAGCUUUCCCAAAAUGAUCAGACCAUAAUAGAAAAAUUAGCUGAGUUUUAUGCCAAUUCCACCUUCUCCAGAGAAACAAAAACAGAGUUGGAUGGACUCUCAGGGGUUCAGAAAAAGAAGAAGAGCACAGCCUUCAAGGAGAUCACCUAUACCACCUCCUUCUGUCAUCAACUCAGAUGGGUUACCAAGCGUUCAUUCAAAAAUUUACUGGGUAACCCUCAAGCGUCUAUAGCUCAGUUAAUUGUCACUGCCGUCCUAGGACUGAUUAUAGGUGCCAUUUUCUAUGGACUGCAAAAUGAUCAAACUGGAAUUCAGAAUAGGGCUGGAGUACUCUUCUUCUUGACGACCAACCAGUGUUUCAGCAGUGUGUCGGCCGUGGAGCUCUUUGUCAUCGAGAAAAAGCUCUUUAUACAUGAAUAUAUCAGUGGAUACUACAGAGUGUCGUCUUAUUUCUUUGGAAAACUGUUAUCCGAUUUACUACCUAUGAGGAUGUUACCAAGUAUUAUCUUCACUUGCAUAAUAUACUUCUUGUUAGGGUUGAAACCAACGGCGGAAGCCUUCUUCAUCAUGAUGUUUUCCCUUAUGAUGGUGGCUUACACGGCCAGUUCCAUGGGGUUGGCUGUAGCAGCAGGUCAGAGUGUGGUAUCCAUAGCAACCCUUCUCAUGACCAUCUGUUUUGUGUUCAUGAUGCUGUUCUCAGGGCUGUUGGUAAAUCUCAAAACCAUUGUGCCCUGGCUGUCAUGGCUUCAGUACUUCAGCAUUCCUCGAUACGGCUAUACGGCUUUACUGCAUAAUGAAUUUUCGGGACAACACUUCUGCCCAGAUUUAAAUGUAACAACAAACAAUACCUGUGACUAUGAAGCCUAUGCAGUAUGUACUGGUGAAGAAUUUUUGACAAGCCAGGGCAUCGAUCUCUCACCUUGGGGCCUGUGGAAGAAUCAUCUGGCCUUGGCAUGCAUGAUUGUUAUUUUCCUCACCAUUGCCUACCUAAAACUAUUAUUUCUUAAAAAAUAUUCCUAAAUUCCCCUUUAAUUUACUAUGCUUUAGGCACACAUGAAAGAGGACAUCUUGAUUUAUUUUAGGUAUUUGUUGACAUUUUCAGUGUUAUCAUUAUACUGUGGCUCAGAAACAUUUUAAACAGAAACUUUCUUAGAAAUCACAAGGAACUGGAUCAUACAUGAAGGAAACGAAAUCAUAAAUUAAUGAUAUCAUGCAUUAUACAUUAGUACACCCAGUCAGACAGUAACCAUGUGGAAGAAACCUAGUGUAAUUUAUUGACCUGGGAAAGGACCUGAAUUCUCGAAGUUCUUGACACGUCGCUGGUAUCUCUGGCAUCAGUUUCUUCUUUAUAAUGGAUAGGUGGACUAGAAGCUCUCCAAUCUUAAUGUUACUUGAAUCUAUCUUCUGCCAUUAUUUAAUAAAUAAUAAAUGCAUUUAUGGUGUAUUAGAAAUAUGAAAUUAGAAUAUGUUGGAAAAACCAAUGUUACUUAUAGGAUAAAAAGCCAUCAUGAGGGGAAAAAAAAUCUUCGAUAAGGUUACUAAGGCAAGGUAACAGAACUUAGUGAUACUUGUCUAUAGUGGGAGCAUAAUAUUUUAGCAGUCUUGACUUGGGGCUUUGGACUGUAAGUGGAAUAGAGGGCCAGGAGCCUGGUAAUAUGGUUCUUGUGCCGUUAAUGGGCAUUUCUAGCUCUGGAAAGUCAUUUAACCCCCCUGAGGUCGUUCAGUGGGUCAUGAUGUGGGUGUUCAUCAAACUUAUCUGAGGCACUUUUCUGAAGUUUAGAUGUCUAGACCCACUGUAUCUGUAUCUCCAGGGCUAGCACCAUAAAGAACUCUGUUCACUCCUGCAUUUCAUUAUUCCCAAGUUCUCUCCUAGCUCUGAAAAUUUGAGACUGAUAAUAGCUCUUAGGUUUAGCCCUGAACAGGUUUUUCUCCUUCCUACAUUAUACACUUCAUUUAUUUAUACAACUUCUCUGUAGUCUAAGCUUUUCCUGUAAUAGGGAAGUGUUUUUUAACUUUUUUUUCAUUCGUUUUUUUUUUUAAUUGAAGGGUAAUGCAUAGAAGGGUACAGUUCAGUGCAUUAUCAUAAAAUGAACACACCUGUGCAGUCACCAAUCUGGAUUAAGAGUAGAACCUUACCAGUGCAGGAAAGCCCCCUCAUACUCCUCCUCUCCACUCACUAUGUCCUCCCUUGGUUAAUUUUGAAAUGACUUCUUUAUAUUUCCUGUGUUGCUAUUAUCAGACAGACCAUCACUAUGGUGUGUUUCUGUGUGCAUAGGUACAUACGUAAGUCUUACCCUUCCCCUUUUUCUUCUUUCAUUUACUUCCCCUGUGUUGUGUGUGUGUUGUCCUUCCCUUCACCAAAGUUGAUCCUUGUCUACUAUCUAGUUAGUGAUUUCCCUUCCCCUCCUUCCUCACCCUGAUAACCAUCAAAGAAUGCUUUUUUUCUGUGUUUAAACCUUUUCUUGAGAUCUUAUAAUAGUGGCUCAUACAAUAUUUGUCCUUUUGUGACUAAUUUCACUCAGCAUAUGCCUUCCAGGCUCAUCUGUGUUGUCAGAUGUUUCGAGAAUUCGUCAUUGUUCUUUAUCAUUGCAUAAUAUUUCAUUGUGUGUAUGUACCAUUAUUUAUCCAUUGAUCUGUUGAUGGGCAUGUAGGUUGUUUCCAUCUUUUUGCUCUUGUGAAUAGUGCUGCAGUGAACAUGGGUGUGCUUAUGUCUAUUCGUGUGACAGCUCUUAUUUCUUUUGGGUAUAUUACUAGGAGUUGGAUUGCAGUUAUAUGGUAUUUUUAUUUCUGGGUUUUUACGGAAGCAGCAAAUCAUUUUCCAAAGUGGUUGUACCGUUUUACAUUCCCACCAGCAGUGCAUAAUAAGAGUUCCAAUCUCUCCACAACCUCUCUAAAAUUUAUUUUGUGUUUUUUUGAUUUGUGCCAGCCUUGUUGGGUUAAAAUGGUAUCACCUUGUAGUUUUGAUUUCCAUUUCUCUAAUGGUUAAUGAUCGUGAGCAUUUCCUUAUGUGUCUGUUAGCUUUCUGAAUGUCUUCUUUGGUGAAGUGUCUGUUCAUAUUCUUUGCCCUUUUUUAAAUUGGGUUAUUUGUCUUUUUGUUGUUGAGUUGCUGCAGUAUCUUAGAGAUUUGAAAAAUUAGACCCUUAUUGGAUAUGUCGUAGCCAAUUUUUUUUUCCCAGUCUCUGGGUUCUCUUUUGACUCUUUCGAUGAAGUCUUUUGAUGAACAUAAGUGUUUGAUUUUUAAGAGUUCCCAGUUAUCUAGUUUGUCUUCUGGUGUUUGUGCAUUGUUAGUUGUGGUUUAUAUACUACUUAUGCCUUGUGUUAGGGCUUGUAGCAUAAUCCCUGUUUUUUUCUUCCAUGAUCUUUGUCAUUUUAGAUUUUAUAUUAGGUCUUUGAUCCAUUUUGAGUUAGUUUUUGUGUAUGAUAUAAGGUAUGGGUCCUGUUUCAUUUUUUAAUAGAUGAAUAUCCAGUUAUUCCAGCACCAUUUGUUGAAGAGACUGUUUUUUCCCCAUUUAACAGACUUUGGGCCUCCCCUCUUUUUAAUACACCUGACCCAAGCCAUGGUGUUUUCAGUUGCCUCAUAUGCAUGCAAAAGCUGGACAAUGAAUAAGGAAGACCAAAGAAGAAUUGAUGCCUUUGAAUUAUGGUGUUGGCGAAGGAUAUUGAAUAUACUAUGGACUGCCAGAAGAACGAACAAGUCUGUCUUGGAAGAAGUACAUGCAGAAUGCUUAUUAGAGGUGAGGAUGGUGAGGCUUUGUCUCACUUACUUUGGACAUGUUAUCAGGAGGGACCUAUCCCUGGAGAAGGACAUCAUGUUUGGUAACAUAAAGGGUUAGUGAAAAAGAGAAAGACCCUCAAGGAGAUGGAUUGACAGAGUGGCUGCAACAGUGGGGUCAAACAGCAACAAUUGUGAAGAUGGUGCAGGAUCGGGCAUUGUUUUGUUCCGUUGUACAUAGGAUCUCUCUGAGUCAGAACCAACUCGAUGGCACCUAACAACUGCAACAACCGCCAAUAUAAUAAGGUGGAAAUGCCAAUCAAUCAAUAUGUUCAAAAAAGUUACAGAAUUCUGUUGUUAGUUGCUGUUGAGUAGAUUUCAGCUCACAUUGACCCCAUGUGUGUAGAGUACAGCUGCUGCAUAUGUUUUUCAAGGCAGUGACCUUUCGGAAGCAAAUUGCCAGGCCUGUCUUCUGAAGUGGCUCUGGGUGCAUUCUAACCACCACCCUUUUGUCUAAUACUGCAGCGCUUCACCGCCUGUGCCACACAGCUGCCUUAUGUAAUUCUAGAUGUCCUAUUCAUUGUUUUUACUGUCCUGGUUUGGAAGACAAACUGUGCUAUGUUGGUAAUACUGCUUUACCUACUUCACAUGGUAUGAUGUAAAGAUUGUGUAAUUCCCAGUUCUUUUUCUGCGUUUUCUUUCAUACGUCCUCUAAAUUUUUCACACAUCUAUAAAACGAGUUUCUUUUAGCUUUAAAAUUAUGUGAUUUUGUGGUUGUUUAUACUGAAUUGUUCAUUUUUCAACUAACUUGAAGGAGAAUAGCUGCCCAAGUUGACUUUUCCAACUUCCACUAAAUUCCGUAGUAUAAUCUUAUAACUUCUACAAUGUGAAUUAUUACCAAAGUGUUUUUGAAUACUUUAUUAUGCCAAUUCUGACUCAGUUCCUGAGGUUCAAGGUGGGUGGCUUUCUGCUGAAAAGGUCAGCCUUUCAGUUGUCAUCUGGUUGGUUUUGUGUGUUUUUAUUACGCUUUAUUUUUGUUGGUAGGAGCAGGAUGGAGGGGCGUUCCUUAUUCCUGAGUCUGGGAGUUGACAAACUUUUUCUGUAAAGAGCCAGAUAGUAAAUAUUUUAGGUGUUGUGAACCACAUACUUUCCCUGUUGCAGAUUCUUUGCUUCUUUUACAAUACUUUAAAUUGGAAAAUUCAUCCAUAACUCAAGAGUUGUACAAAAACAGACAGUGAGCCAGAUUUGGCUGGGAGGCCAUGGUUUGCAGAUGCCUGCUGUAGACAGUUUUUGCUGCUGCUUCGUGUAAAAAUGUAUUAAAAUAUUGGUAAGACAAAUGUCUAAGACUUUUUAUCAAGGUUGUAAAAACCUAUUAAAAUAUUGGUAAGACAAAUGUCUAAGACUUUUAUCAAGGUAUUUAAUUUUUAAGAUGUUUUCUUGAAAAUUUGUUCCCAUUUAAUAGAACAAAUACAUUGCUUCCUAAUACUUCUCCCUUUCCCUUUUCUGUCCUUAACCUCCCAGUCCCCUGCCCUGCUUUUGCAAGCCUUAUUACCCAAUAAAUGUCUGCAAGCAGUAUUCCUGUUGCCUUCAACCUUCAGAGAGCCCAGAAAGGGCUGUGCCUUUUUCCUACUGAUAAGUGGUACAAGGUGUAAUUACUCGACCUUUGCCUUAGAGAGAUUAUCCCAGCAUGACCCAGAUCACUGGACUGGUGGGAAGAUGAAAUGAGAUAAUGCAUGGAAAGUAGGCUGAUAGAUCUAGAAUUCUUUCGACGUUGCCCUGGGUAUUCUCAGUCCUUGUGUGAUGGCAGUUAGUGUGGUUAAGCAGUGUAAGAAAGACCUAGUAGCUAGGAGUUGAGAUGAGAGCUUGUAGGAGAGCCAUUUGGUAUAUUCAGGAAUCAGAUUUUUUUAUCAGUUCAUUCAGGGGGCUAUUUCUGCUGUGAGGAAUUGGUUCACACCACCCAUCCUUAAAAGCAAGGAUUUUGAGACUUUGUCUUGCUUACUUUGGAUGGACAUGUUUUCAGGAGGGACCAAUCCCUGGAGAAGGACAUCAUGCUUGGUAGAGGGUCAGUGAAAAAGAGGAAGACCCUCCAUGAGAUGACAUGGUGGCUGCUUGUUUGGCUCAAAUAUACCUACUGUGUGAGGAUGGUGCAGGACCAGGAAAGGUUUUGUUCUGUUACAUAUAAGGUCACUAUGAGUUGGAGGCAACCCAAUGGCACCUAACAACAACCUGCACUAGUUAUAAUUUCACUAGAAAAGCACAUCAUGUUUGAUAAAGUUAGCAGGUCAGCAAAAAUGAGAGAAACCCUCAAUGAGAUGGAUUGAUAACAAUAGCUGCAACACUAAGCUCAAACAUACCACCGGUCAUGAAGAUGACGUACCACUGGGCAGUGUUUCAUUCUGUUAUACAUAAGGCUGCCAUGAGUCAGAGCCGACUCAACAGCAGCUAACGGUUAUAAUUUGAUGUUGAUUCAAUAACAAGCUAAAAAUAUUAUUCAAAGCCAUGCAUUUUGUGUCCAUCUGAGUAGCAGAAUCACAUUUAGAACUAAAUGAGCAUAUUAAUGUCACUUGAUUUUCAGACCUUCUUAGCUGCAGAAUCAUUCUUCUCUUAGCCCCCAAGGAAAAGCAUAGAUGAUAAAUGGCAGAUGAAAGUGGUGCUGCUUUGAGUCAAGUGAGGAUGAAUGCUCUCAGCUUGGUCUGUCUUUGCCAAGCAACAAAACCUGAGGCAUCGCUUCAAAAAUAUAGAGCUUGACAGUAUACCGUUUGGAAAACCUCAAUCUGUUCAGCCUUACUAGGAAUCCAAGAAACGGAACGUAAAAUGAGAUCUCAUUUUAAAACGCUUACAUUUAAGAAAGAUGAGUUACCACCAGCACGGUACCAGUACUGGUGAGGGUAGGGAUAAAACAGGAACCUUCAUUCGUGCUAAUGAAUUGCAGACUUGUGCAGCCUUCCUGAAGGAGCCCUGGUCACGCAGUGGUUAGGCGCUCGGCUGCUAACCAAAAGGUCGGUGGUUUGAACCUACUAGCCCACUCCAUGGGAGAAAGAUGUGGCAGUCUGCUUCCAUAAAGAUUACCUUAUGGAAACCUUAUGGAGCAGUUCUACUCUGUCCUGUAGGGUCACCAUGAGUCAGAAUCAACUCAAUGGCAAUGGAUUUGGUUUUGGUUUUUGCAGUCAUCCUGGAGAUCAACCUAAGAGUUCUGGGUAAAAUUAAAUAUUUACUAACCUUGGACUCCUAGCUUUCACCCCCCAGGAACUCAGGAAAAGUCAACAAGGGAAUUAUGUAUAAAAAUUUUGAAGUAGCAGAGGAAUUGGUGGCAACCACUCACUACAAAAAUGGAUUAAUAAAUUGUGGUGGCUGCACACUGGGAAAUAUACAAUCAUCAAAUAACUUACUAGAGGUAUGUACUACAAGAGAAAUACAUCUUACUAACAUAGUGUUGUAUGAAAAGAAAAACACGAUUUAUAAAUCUGUUUAUUUAGACACAUAAACAACAAACAGGAUUUGUUUUUCUACAUAUCUGAAUGUAUCAGAAUGGAUCCCCAUAGGAAAAGGGCAGGAACGGUUGUAGUCUGGAGGUGAAAUACAACAACAUAUAUAAAAGCAGAAAAUAGAAAUUGUUAUGCACAUGGAAGAUAGUAUAUUAGAAAUCUUAAUAGUAAAAAAGAAUUACUGACCAAAAGGAUUUUGGACAGACUUUUGCUUGGUCUUAUUCACAGGAGGAAAUCUCAAGAGAAAAUAGGGAACCUAUAAUUUCUAUGAAAACAUUUUUAAUUUUAAGGUCAACAUGUAACUUGGAGGAAUGUUUUUAAAACCUUUAAAAUCUUACACUUUGAUCUAAUGGAAAACAAGUGUGUUUUCAUUUAAAGAACACACUGGAGUAAAAUAAAUUAGGUGUUAGAGCAUUUCUAAGAUUCUAGUUUUUUUCUUAAGUUGAAAGUUCAGACUUAGAAAUAAAUAGAAAAAAGUAGUAGCAACUUUUUCUAUAUCUGCAACUGCACACACUAUACCUCAGUUCAAUCAUAUUUUCAUAUUUGCUUGAUAAACUGAGAGACUGAUCAUGAUAAAUAAAAUAUUAUUUUAUUAAAAGCAUUAACUAAGAAUAUUCUGUAAGCCUUUCUAGUACUAAAGUUCAUAGGUGUUUUGCAUUUUCUGAGGGCACUUUGGUUAUUCUGCCUAUUUGCUUUGUAGCAGCCCGGUGUUUUAAGAGUCAGACCUAUCAGUGGUGUCUACUGCUUAACAUACUGCCUUUCUGAAAGCUGUUCUGUUGUUCUGAGUUACUUGAUAGAUUUUAACUAUUAUAAAUAGAACACAGCUUAUACAUUUAGGAUAGCUCUUUACACUUUCCAGUUUCCUGGGUGACCGAGUAUUUCCCAGUGUUCACUCCAUUUGGCAGAUUUGCAGGGAAAGGUGAUGCAUUUUCAGUCCUUUCAUUCCUCGGGGUGCAGCACAGCGUAAGUGGCCAGUACCAGCCCUUUAAUUAGAUGUCCCUGCCUUCUUACUACAUUUGUAAUGUGAUGAGGGACCAUUAAUCAUUUUUGUUACAUCUUUGGACCAGCCUUCCAAUGGCAUUAAGAAUUUCCUUGAUCAGUACGAGAAUCAGUUCAUAAAAGUAUAGAUGAUUAAUAUGAAAAAAUCAAAACCUCAAGGAAUUGAAAAAUUGAUGCGAGUUUUACUUAUUAAACUGGCAUAAAUUAAGUUUUAACUUUUUUUUUCCUUUUAGAGAUUUGUGGUGUCUUAUGAUUUUUAUAAAAAUGUUGGUUAUGUUUUACUGUCUCGAAACUUAAACUCCACCCACUGAAACAGUCCCUAUCAAAGUUUUGCAUGUUUCUUUUUAAACUGUAGAAGAAUCUAGGAAGUCCUGCCUUUUGUGAGGUAACAUCUAAGGUUUGGUCAUUUCUUCACUUUUAAUUUUUCAUGUUUAAUUUUCUUCCGUUGAAUUCAAGUAAAAAUAAAUAUUUUUUGUAAAUAACGAAGGAUUCUUUUUGUUGGCAGAGUGGGUGUAUGAUUCGUACUCUGUAGCCAUUUAAAAAUAAGGAUUUCAUGGCAUGUUUGUGACACGACAUGACGAGAAAAAAGCAGCACUCAAAACCGUACAAACAGGAGGAUCCCAAUUUUGAAAUAUAAACAUUAUGUACAUUAACUUACUAAAUUAUUAUUCGGCAACAUCAGUCCCCCUUAUUUAACAUCCACAUUUCUUUUUGGAGGAUGCAAUUCAAUUCCUAACAGAUACUGUGGGUAUUUUGCCCAUAGCCCUUGGGUCACACCACUUCAGUGUAUGUGUCCUGACUUCCAGCUGCAAGUAUCUGCAUCUGUUUGCCAACAGGUUGUUCAGAAGCCAAGCAGGGCUGCUUUAUCCACCAAAAGUGCUAGGGAAUUACAGGUUGUCCCCAACUUACAAUGUAGUCAAGUUACAAUGAAUCGCACUUAGGACUUUUUGUUUUGUACAUUUAUUGUUAGUAAUACAUACUACAUACAAUAUUGUAGCAUGUAAUUUGCUGAUGUCAACAUAUCUGUAAGUUUGGAUGUUAUGUUUCCAACCCCCAAAACAAAUAAAGAUCAGAUUUAUGAAGAUACUGAUAAUAAAAGGCAAUAAUGAAAACUUAAAAAAAAAAAAAAAAAGGGUAUUUGACUUAGAUCAGAAAUGACUGACGGGACAGGGACAGAGUCGGCUGAAUGUAAUCCUGUUAUGAGUUGGGACUUCCCAGAUCAGCCUUUAACCAAAGUCCUAUCCCCUCAGGUGUGAUGAGUCAGAGGUAUGCAUUCUGUAUCAUUUCCCAGAGUUUCCCCACAGCAAUUAAGGUUCAGCAGCCUAUAGUGUUAACCAGCUUGAUCAAACAAACGAACAAAACAAAACCCAGACCCAUUACCAAUUUCUACUUAUAGUGAUACUGUAGGAGAGAGUAGAACUGUCUUAUUGACUUUCCAAGGCUUUUAAUCUUUUUUUUUUUAAAUAAUUUUUAUUGUGCUUUAAGUGAAAGUUUACAAAUCUAGUCAGUCUCUCACACAAAAACCCACAUACACCUUGCUACACACUUCCAAUUACUCUCCCCCUGCUCUCUCCCUCCACUCUCUCUUUUCGUGUCCUUUUCACCAGCUUCUAACCCCCUCCACCCUCUCAUCUCCCCUCCAGGCAGGAGAUGCCAACAUAGUCUCAAGUGUCCACCUGAUCCAAGAAGCUCACUCCUCACCA